AUGUGCGAGGUGUGGGGUCUCGUCGGAGAUAACUUCGACAAUUUGCCGUACGCCAGCCUCACGAAAGCCUGCACGGCACUUCUUCCAAUACCUUUGAUUUUUGUCUUGGCGCCCACGUUCACACCGAACGAUCCUGUGCCCGAG